UGAUUAGGUCUUAAAAUAUCACCACAAGGACAGUUUGGUAUUUCACAGCUGCAAAAUUUCAAACCUCAGUUUAUGGAAUUUGGGUUUUAGAAUCUGUAAUUUUACAUGUGAAACCGAAGUCUUCAAAUAUGAGGAAUAUGUCAUCACUUCACAUGGAGUUUUUCAUGAUCCCUCUUAGCCAACACACUGCAAUACAAUGAUGUAAUAAGACUACAUUUGCUUAAGACAGGAUGUAACAGAAGUUUACUGGGGGAAAACUUACUUUACUUCACAAAACUAACAUCAAUACUUCACCUUUAAUGCAAUCAACUAUUUUUUUUUUAUAAAGUUGUGGUCAAGUUUUAAAAAGAUAAAAUGUGUUGCAGUUAGUAAUGAGAACCAUGUGUCCAUCUCGUCACCCCAACCCCCCCAAUCUCCCCCCAUUUCCCAUCUGUGCCCUUCAGGCCCUCACUUCAGUCACCUCCCACUUCCCUCUUCCUUCAGAACCCGUCUGUUUUUGUUUUCGAGCCUGGGCUCUUUGCACAGGAAAUUGUAUACAUUGGGAGCAAUCAGGAAGGCAGAGAGCAGCUUUCCCGUUAGCACUGAGUUUGGGCACAUGAGGAAAAAAACUGGAUAAAAGAGCUACAGAGAAGCCAGUGAACAGGGGAGACUGUGUGGAAUGAAGGAAAAGAGGAGGAGAUAUAAAGGAGCAGAGAGGACUGGCUGGGGGCUCAUAUGGAUCGAUCGCUGCGCUUCCAAGGAUCUGUUUGUUUUAAUCAUCUGGACUACUAACUGGAGCCACAUGAAGAAUAAAGGGACUAAGCAGAAGUCCAAAAAGAAAGGAAGUGAAAAUGCGUUCGGCUGUGACCUGAUAGAACAUCUCCAGAACUCAGGACAAGAUGUUCCUCAGGUUCUGAAGAAAUGUGCAGAGUUUAUUGAGGAGCAUGGUAUUGUGGACGGGAUCUACAGGCUGUCGGGGGUCACCUCAAACAUCCAGCGUCUCAGGCAGGAAUUCAGCUCUGAGGCGUGCCCUGACCUUACAAAGGAAGUGUACCUCCAGGACAUCCACUGUGUGGGUUCCUUAUGUAAGCUGUACUUCAGGGAGCUACCCAAUCCUCUGCUCACAUAUGAGCUAUACAGCAAAUUCACUGAAGCGGCCUCGGUCCGGGGAGAUCAUGAAAGACUUGUUCACAUUCAGAAGGUCAUCAAAGAACUGCCGACCCCUCACUUCAAGACUCUGGAGUACCUCACCAAACACUUGGCCCACCUUGCAACCUUAAGCACCCAGACAAACAUGCACACACGCAACCUGGCCCUGGUUUGGGCUCCAAAUCUGUUAAGAUCUAAAGAUAUUGAGGCUUCUUCUGGUAAUGGAGACAUGGCUUUCCAGGAGGUGCGGAUACAACAGUCAGUGGUUGAGUUUAUUCUAAACAACACAGAGCAGAUCUUCAGCGAUGAUUCUGUGGAAAUCAAACCCAAAGAAGGGCCAACUUUGAUGUGUGGGGAGAAGAAGUAUGCCACACUCCCGAUCAGUGGUCAGUGUGGGCCGAUGAAACUGAUGAGCCUGGAAGAAGCCCAAGCCCGCUCCUUAAGUCCAAACCAUCCUGUGCAUAGAGAACGUCAGCGAGAGAACAGUCUGCCUGAUACCAGCACUGCAACGCUCUACCACACCGUCAUAGACAUAUCAGACAGCAAGAGAAAGUUUUCUGGGAAAUCUAAGAAGUGGAAGUCCAUCUUCAACCUGGGAAGGUCUGUCGACUCAAAGGGAAAACUGAGCCGAAACGGCAGCGUGUUCAUAAGGGCACAGGGGAUCACAGAAAAGGCAGCUCUUCGUCCAUCCAGGAGCAUGGAGUCCUUGUGCUCCUUACCAACAGAUGAUGACAGAACAGGAAACAAUAGUCCAACUGGUGGACCCGGCAGCAUUUAUGUUCCAGAUGUAAAAUCCAGAACGCUGGGAUCUGACUCGCUCUAUGACCUGAAUGAACAUGACCAAAACUGGGAGUUUAAAGGGAAGAAAGCUGACGGGGCAACAGGAGGUUGGAGCUCUAGUAUGAACCAAAAGGGGUCACCGGGUGCUUCUUCUCCCCCUCAAAAAACACUACCAGAGCAACUGAAGGUGUUCAAAGGUGAUGACGGCAGCGGCUACAAGCCCACGUCUCCGAAAAACAGGAGGAUGUUGUACUCAGGCUCCUCCCACAACAGCUCGUCUCGACCCUCCUUCCCAGGAAGUUUCUUCCCUCUGGAAUCCUCGCCGAGGCAUCAGCGAAGAGCCGUCAACAUAUCCGAGCCCUUCGCUGUGUCCGUGCCACUGCGCGUUUCCGCUGUUAUCAGCUCCAACAGCACGCCGUGCAGAGGCCACGCUAAGGAAAAAGCAGCUGCAGCCGCUCUGAAACCUUGCAAGGAGACUGCGGAGCAGAGCAGCAACAGUGGAAAGAGCAAUACAUUCCCCCAACUGGAACCCAAGAAGCAGGAAGGAACAGAGAAGAAAAACAUGGAGGAGCCGGCGUCUAGAGUCCCACCAGAGGAUACAAGCAAAGAAGUAGUGCAAGAAGGUCAAGAAGGGAUCAACAAUUCUGAACUGGAACAGCCAUCCAUUGCAAAUGCAAGAGAAGGCAAAGAUGCAGCGCCAUCUCCUGGGAAAGAACUGCACAACCAGCCUACAGCAAAGCAACAGGACAUGGGAUCCUCUAUUGGGAAAGAGCUGUGGUCUGAUCUCAAUCAAGAACUGAAGAUAACUGAACCUGAAAUUGACCUGCUGGAUGAGACUUUUAAGCCUGUUUCCUCCUCCAAGAACACUUGUGAAAACAUGAAGUUAACGAUGGAUGUGAAGUCAAAAAGAAGCCGCAGCUCUCCGUCUCUGACUUUGUUAUGUAGGGAUCUUUCGUCAAAUACCUCUCUGAGUGAUCACUUUAUCGCCACUGGAUCAGCCUCGGCAAAGAAACAACCCUCAGAGUCAGACAUCCCAUUUUCUCUUCACAAAAACUUUGAUGCAGUUGUCGGUGGAAACACAGAAAAUGUCUGCCCUGCUGCAAUGCUGGAUAAAAAAAAUAAGAAACUGCAUCAGAUCUCCCCAAAUAUAACAUCCCUGAAGAAAGAUGAUCCAGCUUAUAGCCAACUUCCUUUUAAGGAAACCUGCUUAACUCAAGUUAAAAGUCAUUUGAUGUUAGAGGAUGCUCCAACAGUUCGGGGCUUCUCAGCAGCAGAUGACCCCCACAAAAAAUCAGAGAAACAUGAAAUUCCUGAAGGAGACAAAAACGUCUCCUGUGGUGGAGUGAAGAAGACUGUGAUUCCUGAGUUGGAACUCAUUCAGAGGCUUUCAGUAUGUUUGGAGGAGAGACGUAGGACCUUGGAGCUGCCAAACCUCGACGACGAUGAAGGAGGAUGCGGAGCAACCUCAGAGGAGCUGGACUUGGUGGAGCCCUGGGAGGAUCUUAGCUCCACCAAGCAGUGGGUUACCAGUCCUCUGCACUCACCUGACGUGGAGGAACUGUUUAAGCAGCUGUCACCCUUUGGCUGUGUAGCGGAGCCUUUGAGCUCAGAGGAGGGAAAGACGUCAUCUCCUUCAUUCGAUAAUAAACAAUCUAAUAAAACAUCUCUCGUUAAGAGCACUGAACGCCUCUCAGGAAACAUUCCUCAAACUUCCAGUUGCAAACCAGACACAAAAUGGACGUAUUUGCCAUCAAUACCUACACGGGUCAGUGUGAACAGCAGUAAUGCAACACAAGCUCACGCAGGGAAGAGCAACACAACAAAACAGAAGUCAUCUCAGAGGUUUUACAGACAGAUUUCUUGCGAGUCAGCUGCUUCAGAGAGAAGAGAGGAACAGAGCUUUCCCAGACAGCACAGGCCAUACUCUCUUAACUUGGACCUGGGGCACAGAUACAUUAGAGACAUAUCUAAUCAGCAGAACCGCAAUUCAUCGGAGUUCUCCUCAUGUCAGAGAGGAUUACUGUCCUCAACUGGAGCUGUAAAUAACGGGCUACCCUCGGAGUUGGAAUUGUUUCUGAAUGAUCGCCAGGCGCCUCUACGCCGAAAUUCAGCCCCAGUCAGCGUGUCAUCAGUCCGAACCGCCUUCAUGAUAAAAACGUGCCAGGCCAAAGCUGUGCCUGUCGUACCUCCAAAGGUGCAGUAUAGUCAGAUACCUCACUCCAGACACGAGAAUGAUGUCGAUGCAGCAAAGGAACAAGAAAAGGAAUAUCCUAAAAUGGUCGCAGAGAAAAGCAACUCCGCACCUCCUCCGAUGAUGUCAGAUCUAAAGGAGGAGCUGGAGAAUAAAGAGCCAGCUCCCAAACACCAAAGACACCCACAUGUAGAGAAAUCUGCCGAGUCUGCAAGGACCACGUCCACUCCAGAACUGCCAGUCAUAACAAGGCGACAUGCUCCCAGUCUUGAAGUCUUUGUGGAUUGCCCCAGACCAAACAGAACGAACAUCAUGCAAAGGCCAUCGUUCAGGAACAGGCAGAGGCCGCAGAGUCUCAUCCUGCUCAGCCCUCCCUUUCCCAUCAUGGACUAUCCGCCAUCAGGCGACGACGGCAAGCUUCUGUCAUCCAUCAGGAGCAUGAAUGACACAUCAGCUGUGAAUGCGUUUUCUAAAGAGAUGGCGGAGAAUUUCAAGACGCCAGAGGGGAUCGCUCUUCAAAACAAAAUGACUAUUCCAAAAAGUGGUCAGAGACUGGAAACGUCGACCAGCUGCUUCUACCAGCCGCAGAGGAGAUCGAUGAUAUUUGACAGCAGGAGCCACAGGCAGAUAGAGUGACUGGAGGCACAGUCACUGAUUAUGAGACUGAGUGUUUGUACAUAGACACAGAAUAUAAGGAAAGUUUUAUGGAAACUGAAAAAAGAUGAUAUGAUAAUCUGUUGUAAAUCAUAGUAUUUUGUUUUAUGUAUGUAUUUCUUGAAGGAUCAAGAAUUUGUUUAAAAUUAUGAUUCCUUUUGUAAAACCAUGAAGUAUUUGAGAGAGAUUUUAUAACUGGUUUCCCAUGGGUUCCUUGUAAUCCUUGAAAGUUUGUGAGAGAAAAAAAUCAAGGCCUUGAAAGUUUUUGAAAGUAGACAUAAAUAGACAUGGGUCAUUGAAAGUGCUUGAAUUUAUAUAUUUUGUUCAAGAAUAGAAUAUUGUGCUAUAUCUGUGCUGUGUUAGAGAAAGCAAGAGACCACAUAGUCUGUGAGCAUCUGUAAAGUUCUCAUUGUAGUUCUCAUAAAAAUUCUGUGUUGUAACAGUAAUUAACCAUGAUCCGUGUCUCAACUAUGCUGUGUUGGGUCCUUGAAUUUGAGGGAAUUGGGCCUCAAAAGUCCUUGAAUUUGAUGUUGAAGAAGAUGUGGGAACCCUGUUAUAAAGCCAUGAUGUAUUUGAGCGCUCUUAAAAUGUGACAUGAAGGAAAUGUUUUCAGAGGUGACUUAAGAAUGACAGACAUUUAGUUUCACAUAAGGCUGCAACUAAAAAAAUGACUGUUACAAUUUGCCAGAGUCAAAGAUGACGCCUUGAGAUGUUUUGUUUUUUCGAACCAACAGCCAAAAACCCAAAGAAAGACAAAGAAAAGCAUGCAAUCUUAACAUUUGUGAAGCCAAAACCAGCAAAUUUUCUGCAUUUUUGCUUAAAAAAAUGACUCAAAUGAUUAUUCUAUUAUCAAAAUAGUUGCAGAUUAAUUUCCUGUCAAUCGACUAAUCGUUGCAGCUCUAGUUUCAUACUCAAGUUACAGUAUAUCUGAUAUUUGGACAUUAAAACAUGUGGUACUACACAGUCACAGUGCAUCACUGCCAGAUCUGCUCAGAGCCUUUGACUGUUGAAAAUCACAUCUGUUAACUAACAAAUUAGCAGCAGAAUAAUGGUUUACGGACAUCAUACUUAAAAUUCAUGAAGAUUAGUUGCUUAAACUUGACUGAAAAUCAUUUUUGUCCAGGAUUCAAUUUUGCGAGCACCAGAAAAUGUUUCAAUAGACGUUAUUCUGGUUUGGUGCAGUUCCAGCAUCUUCAUAAAGUUGUGAGGGCCAAGUUGCAUUUCUCUCUGUGUCAACGAUGUUAUGACAUGCUGAUGGAUUGAUUUUGGUCACUGUAUAAAGUUCAUAAUGUAUUAGGUUAUUACAUCUUCACAUAAAUAUUCAUGCAUGAGGUCAUGAGGUGGACAUUAAGGGCUCUGAAUGCAGGAAGUGUACAGUAAAGGUUAACAAGAAGUAAAAAGGUAAACUGACGAUUAAACUGUUAAACAGUUUAACAGCCAUGAAUUUGAUCAUGUAGUUUGCAGGAAAGAUAUUGCUGAAGAUGUGUUUAUUUAUUCCUUUAAUAACUUACACAUAACAUUAAGUAAAAUUUAUACUUGUAAAACAAUAUACUGUAUGUAACUUUUGGCUCUGUGAUAAGCUGAGAUCAAUGUGAUUUUUAGCUGAUAUUUAAGAGGAAAAUCCUUUUUCUGAUAUACAUAUAUCAGAAACUUAAUAGUAUUUACCCACAGAAGGACUUUAAUUCAUGUGUAUCUUUAUUUUCUGUAAGCUUUGUAUUUUAAGGCAGUUUUUAAUUUGUUGUUUUUGACAAUAAUGAGAAACCAGCAUUGUAGAAAAAAAGCAAAGAGUAUCUAUGUAAAGUAAAAUCCUGGAGCUGCUCCCCUGACUGUAAACUGGAGGUUGACUGUGUGCACGCUGACUGUAUUCAAUGUGUUUGGACCUUGAUGGUGCUUUGAGUCUGAUGUUAGCAUCUGAAAAAAACAGGGUUUUGUUUCUUUUCUUUGCAUUUUACAAACACGGGAUCUGAUAUGAUUACCAUUUGUGCUAUUUGUGGGUGAGCACCCUGCAUGUAACAUAGUUUGGAUGUUGAAAGAGGUCACAGUGUAUUUUAUACUGUAGUUUGAAUGGAUUGGACAAAUGAUUAUAGUGUUUAUUCAAAAAAAAACAUGUGUAUGUUAAUGGGGAUAUCAGUGUUUUUUCUUGGUUUUGUAACUUUUGUAUACUUGUUGAUACUGAAAAUCACUGAGUGAACUGUCUGUAUUCACAGGAGGAAAAAAAAACAAGUGAAUUGAGGAUUUUAAGGUGGAGUUUUGCCUUAAUUAUCCCGAUGAUGGCACCUGAAGCAAUGUACAUACUGUAAGACACCUGGUGAGUUUUGUUACAACAAAAAAUUAUGAGAAUAAAAAGCUCUGAAAAUCACAUCAAUCAGUGGUUCUGUUAAUGUGACUCAUUCACUAAAACCUAAAGUGUCAAGCUGUGACAUUGUAACAUUGUAACACUGUAAAAUUCAACUCACCUGAUUUUUGUUAAAUGUUACUUGAGAUUUACACUUCAGGGAAC